CUCUCUGGACUUCCACCCCCCUCCUCAAGCCCCUCUGUGUGACCCCACCCCCUCUCCAGGCCCCCAGUCUUUUCCCUGAGCCCCCAUCCCCCUCUCUGGGCCCCCACCUCCAUCCUUAAGUACCUCUCUGGGCCCCUACCUCCCUCUCUGGACCCCCACCCCCUUCUCUGAGCCCCCAUCCCCCUCUCUGAGCCCCCAUCCUUCUCACUGAGCUCCCAACACUUAUCUGACCCUACUACCCUCCUGAGUCCCUCUCUGAGCCCCCUCCUCUCAUGAGAAGGCAGGAGCAGCCCCACCCCCUCUCCUGAGCCCCUUCCCCUCCUCUCAUAGAUGAGGGCCCUGCCCCCUCAGCCCCUGAAGUCCUGGGAGUUUGGCCUUUGAAGUGACACUGUGGGGGCCUGGGGCGGGGCUGGAGGUGAAAUGAAAUGACAUGGGGAUGGGGGGGGAUAGAGUGGGGAGGGGCUAGGUGCCAGUGAGGGAUAGGUGGGGGUUGGGCAACCUGAGCCACCAGGACUCUCCUCAGCCCCGUCCCCUCUGAAACAUCUCUCCCACACCUGCCUGGCCCCUGCUCAGCUUUCGCCUUGCCCCCACCUCCCCCUUUCUCCAGGGCAUCUCCCCCGGCCCAUCCCACAGAUUGUAACCAGUGGGUGCUGACCCCAACCAGUCCUAUGGUGGCCAGCCUGGGUCCCUGUCUUAUCCUCACAGCCUCCCCACACCCCUCAGGGAGCCCCUGCCCAGGCCCCAAUCGCUAGACCCCAGAGCAGCACUUCUGCCCACAGACUGCAGGUGGAAGUGGGGGCUUGGGGUAGCUGCUGCAUAUGUAUGUGAAUACAUGUGUGUGCACGUGUGUGAGCAUACCUGUGAGUGGGUGACGGGUAUGGAUGAGUCAAGUAAGCAAGCAGGUGAGUGUGAGGGGGUGACAAGCUGAUGUAACUGUGAGAGCAAGAGUUGGGGGCUCACUGGGGGUUGUGGCGGCCCCUUCCAGGAGGCCCCCCCAUAAGUCUGGCCCCACCAGGGACCUUGACGACACAGAGUGAGGGGUUGGAGGGCUGCUCCGGCAUCCUGGGGUGGGUGGAGGAGGGCACUUUGUCCAAACAUCCCCUCUCAGCCUAGUACUGCCCAAGCUCUGACCCCUCACCCAACUCCCCGCCCAGCCAGCCAGGGAGAGGAUGACGCCAGCCAAUCCCAAGGCCCCAGGCCGCACCCCUGGCCAGCGGUGACUAGAGGGUAUAAAUACACCUGCACGCAGGCCUGGGAGCCCACGCCCAGAGAGCACACGCAUGUCUGCCAUACCGGAGCUCCACACGCCUGGAAGACACUGCCAGCCGCCCCCCACCACCCCAACUGUUACAGAGGCCACACCUGCUGGAACCAGCCACCAGGACAGCUAUUGGCAGCUGGCCAAGGAGGGAUACCUGCCAGGUGGAAGCAAGCUGCCCAAAGGAGAGAGCAGUGAGUGCCUUAGGAGAAACCGGGGGCUGUGGAGCCAGGCCCACUGUGGCUGUCGGAGACCAUGCCCAGGGCCUGCUGAUGCCCAGCUGCCAGCUCGGAGCCAUGUCAUCAGACCAGCAGGUAUGGCACACAGCCAUGCCACCCCACAGCUGGAGCAGCCCCACAGCCACAGUGCCCAGGAGCCCCCACUCAACCAGCAACCCCAGGUCCCCCAGCUCCGCCAGCAACCCCAGGUCCCCCAGCUCCACCAGCAACCCCAGGUCCCCCAGCUCCGCCAGCAACCCCAGGUCCCCCAGCUCCGCCAGCAACCCCAGGUCCCCCAGCUCUGCCAGUAGUCCCAGGACCCCUGGCACCCCAGUCUCUGAGAAAGUGGCCUCCCCUUUGGAGUGCUCCAUCUGCUUCUCUGGAUAUGACAACAUCUUCAAGACGCCCAAGGAGCUCUCCUGUACCCAUGUCUUCUGCCUGGAGUGCCUGGCACGGCUGACAGCUGCCCAGCCCAUAGGCCGCCCUGGCAGUGAGGGUGUGCCCUGCCCAUUCUGCCGGCAGCCAACGGCCGUGCCUCCAGACGGGGCCCCUGCGCUUCGCACCAGCCGACAACUGCUGGCCAAGAUGCCAGCCCAUCUGCGGCGGGAGGAGCACGUGUGGCUGGAGGGCACCAAGCUCUGCUGCCGCCCACCACCCUCCUCGCCUGGCCACAACUCACCCACCUUCAUAUGCGUGGAUGUGGGCCUGAGCAAGCCGGCUGAGCCUGCACCACCCUUGUUCCCCCCAGGGCCCUUGCGCCGCCAGGGCCGCCUGGCGCGCUGCUGGGCGCGCUGCAGGGACUGGAGGCGCACGGCCCUGGUCUCAGUCCUGCUGGUAGUACUCUUCUGUGUGGUGCUCUGGCCCGUGCAGUGUGCACUCAGGACAGGGAACCUGCAAUGCUUCCCGCGGCCCUCUGGAGCGGCCACCACUGCCACUUCCAAGAUGCUCCCCCUUGGGCCACUGGCUGACAACUAGGACCACUGGUGGCCCCACCUAUGCCGCGAUGACCCCCAGCCUCCACACAUAGGCCCUAAUCAACAGUCGUGGUCGCUGCUCUAGAGGAGCCUCAACAUCAGAGAGCACCCUUCCUAGGCCUUGAGGUCAACAGAAACCCCAGUUCUCCAUGGCCCCUGGACUCUAUGGGGCUGCCGGGUCCUGGCGAGGUGGACAAAGGGUCCCCAGAGCCUCCUAGCAUCUCCUGCUCCUACCAGCUCCAGAGACCACCUCUCUAAUCCCAUCAAGUUGAUGGGGAAACUGACCCAAGAGAGCCAGCCUGGAGACCCGUCCCUCCCUGCGUACAAUGUGAAACUCCAGCAGGCAGGGCUCAUCCUUCCUCUGACUUUAACAUUUCACCUGAGGUCCCUCCCCCAGGCCCCUCCCUGGGUAGGGCUGGCCCCUUCCCUUGGGUGGGGGUCCUCAUCCUGCCCUCCAGCCCCUCUGACCAGGGGAACAAGGGCAUAACAUGGAGGGUAGGCAGCAGGGAGCACUCUCCAGAGGCUGCCCCUCUCGCCUUAAGAACUACUUUUUUAGAAUAAAUUAUUUUGUAUCCAGUUUGCUAAGUGGUCCUCACUCCUUCCUGCAGCAGCCCUGCCCUGUGCCCAUGGCCAGCCCACAAGCCCCCCAGCUUCUCCCAAAGAAGCCCCCACAGGACCAGCCUCCCAGCAGGCCCUGGAGUGGGUAUUAGGUUCUAGAGGUCCAAUUCCGUGCCCUCCAGGCUGCUGGCAGUCUCAGCAGUGCAGUUCCCAACUUGACUACUCCCAGCAGGGGCACUUACCCCGGGGUUGUGGGGGGGCAGGUGGGAACACUGUGAGGCAUCUAGAAGGGCAGACCUGGUGUGGGGCGUUGCUCUGGUUCAGAGCCCAGGGAGCUCUGAAGGUGGCCUUCCCCUUCCCCACUCCCACUGUGCCCAAGCUGAGAACCAAGCCCCAGGACCUCCAAGCCCCUCCCUGGGAACUGGACCUAAGGGUCCACAGAGGAGGUAGGUGGUGCUGAUCAGCAGGCCCUAGAGGGGUGCAGCCUUAAGACCCAUAGAUCUAAGGAGCCACAGACAGACUAUGGCAAGAUGGCUGGUGAAUCGAGAAGUUCAUGGUCCCCAGGGCAGGGCGGAAGGGAGUCCAUCCCACUGCUCAAAGCCUCAGGAAUCCGGUCCCACCAGGCUGGCAAGGGAGGAGAGGCUGGGCUGGUUCUGGCUCAGGCGGGUCCCAGCCUCCUCACCCCAAAACCCAGGCACUUCCUGCUCCAACUAGCUGGGCCUGGGCCCCAAUAGAGCUGGGAGAACACAGAACUAAGAACACAGCACUUUGCUGCGGAUGCCACAAGCCACUGUGGCUGUCCUGUGAGGGGGCUGCCUAGGCCACCUUGCCAGUGAUAUCACACCUGUUCCGCACUACCAUGCACAUGGGUCAUGGCCUCAUCACAAACAGGCUCGGUCACAUGAGCCCCACACGUUCAAUUCGGAAGCAUUUGGCACCGCGUGACCAUGACGUACCCGCCUGGGGUAGCCCUGGACAUGCAGAGAGCAAGCCACGCCCUACAGCGCUGCUGUGGCUCUGAAGGGGGAGUUGUGGGACUCAGGGAGCGGGGCACAUGGACAUCCGGAUGUUACAGGCAGGCAGGUCAAGACUGGCCACUUGUGUCACUGGUCACUUAUAUGGUACACACACGGGCCCACACACCCAUGCACCGGGCCCCACAUAGUCACCCUGCCUCGAAGGGCUUGGUGGUCACUCUGAGACCAAUCGCUGUCCCACAGCCCUGUCUCCCCCUCCGCCACCCUCCAGAAUCCCGGCCGCACCUUCCAUUUCUGGGGGCUCAGAUUUACUUGGGGGUGGGGUCUGAGGGACAGGCUCGGGU